GUGUAACUGUGUGGAACCACAUAAUCCCAGCAAUGAUACAUUGAAGGAAUGGAAGGAGUCCAAUAUUUCUGCCUCGGACAUAAUUUGGGAGAAUCUAACUGUCUCAGAAUGCAAAUCAUUGCAUGGAGAGUAUGUUGGACGAGCCUGUGGCCAUGAUCAUCCAUAUGUUCCAGAUGUAUUAUUUUGGUCAGUGAUCCUGUUCUUUUCCACAGUUACUCUGUCAGCCACGCUGAAGCAGUUCAAAACUAGCCGAUAUUUUCCAACCAAGGUUCGAUCCAUAGUGAGUGACUUUGCUGUCUUUCUUACAAUUCUGUGUAUGGUUUUAAUUGACUAUGCCAUUGGGAUCCCAUCUCCAAAGCUACAAGUACCAAGUGUUUUCAAGCCCACCAGAGAUGAUCGUGGCUGGUUUGUUACACCCUUAGGUCCAAAUCCAUGGUGGACAGUAAUAGCUGCUAUUAUUCCAGCUUUGCUUUGUACUAUUCUAAUUUUUAUGGAUCAACAAAUUACAGCUGUCAUCAUCAAUAGAAAAGAGCAUAAGCUAAAGAAAGGUUGUGGGUACCAUCUGGAUCUAUUAAUGGUAGCUGUCAUGCUCGGUGUGUGCUCCAUCAUGGGCCUGCCAUGGUUUGUGGCUGCCACAGUCCUCUCCAUCACUCAUGUCAAUAGCCUAAAACUGGAAUCAGAAUGUUCAGCUCCAGGAGAACAACCCAAAUUUCUUGGCAUUCGGGAGCAAAGAGUUACUGGACUUAUGAUUUUCAUUCUUAUGGGUUCAUCAGUCUUUAUGACCAGUAUUCUAAAGUUUAUUCCCAUGCCAGUGCUAUAUGGAGUGUUUCUUUAUAUGGGUGCUUCAUCUCUAAAGGGAAUCCAGCUCUUUGAUAGAAUAAAGCUUUUCUGGAUGCCUGCAAAACAUCAACCAGAUUUUAUAUAUCUAAGGCAUGUACCACUUCGAAAAGUCCAUCUCUUCACAAUUAUUCAGAUGAGUUGCCUUGGCCUUUUGUGGAUAAUAAAAGUUUCAAGAGCUGCUAUUGUCUUUCCUAUGAUGGUAUUGGCCCUGGUAUUUGUAAGAAAGCUGAUGGACUUCUUGUUUACCAAACGGGAGCUCAGCUGGUUGGACGAUUUAAUGCCUGAGAGUAAGAAAAAGAAACUAGAAGAUGCUGAGAAAGAAGAAGAACAAAGUAUGCUAGCCAUGGAAGAAGAGGGCACAGUACAACUCCCAUUGGAAGGGCACUACAGAGAUGAUCCAUCUGUGAUCAAUAUUUCUGAUGAAAUGUCAAAGACUGCCUUGUGGAGGAAUCUUCUGAUUACUGCCGAUAAUUCAAAAGACAAGGAGUCAAGCUUUCCUUCUAAAAGCACUGAAAGCCGAAAAGAGAAGAAAGCUGACUCAGGGAAAGGUGUUGACAGGGAGACUUGUCUAUGACUUGGUCUUCAAUUUAUUUUUUACAUAUAUAUGAGAAGAGUGUCACAAUUAUUAAUAAAACUGCUUUGAUCAUGUAUUGUAAAUUCUGUCUCUCAUCCCAAAUCCACCUUCAUACUGUAAGUAGUAAAAUACUUGUUUUGUUUCUAUGUUUAAACUUCUGAGCAGUGAAACACCCUUGUGAGCAGAUACACUAGCUAAUGCAAGAAUCUGUGUGUUCCUUGCCGUAUGUCAGACAUUUGUAAACACUGGAUUCUCAUUGUCAGUUUUAUGAGAGCAAUAGCUUCCUUAAAGAAAUAAGUCAUAUUUAUCUAGUUUGUAUUUUCCUACUUCAGUGACCUGAAGAUGCCUGAUAAUUUCAUUCAGAAGAAUUUUGAAAGGUAGUCUUACUUCUUUUUAUUUUUGAUAGCUUAGAAUUAGUGACUUAUUUCAAAAGACCCAAAUCAAAAGACCCAAAUCAAAAAGGUUAGUUUGAAAGCAUUUUUAAAUAAUUGUAUUUAUGCAUUUCCUUGAUUUAAUAUGAUAUAUUUAAUACUUAACAAUUUAUAUGUAACUGAAGCAAAGUCAUUUGAAAAAAAUAUGUAGAAACUUGUUCACAAAGAAUCAGACAUAAGGUCAAGUAGUAUUUGCUUAAAAUUAAAGUUGUAACUACAUGAUCAAAUACUAGGCUUGUAUGAAAUGCUUUAGAAAAACUUUGUAACAGUUUUGUGGGAUUUUCAAUAUAAACCUUUGUCAUAAAUGUGAUAAGUUUCUCACCCAAUGACAACAAUGUUUUCCAAAUAAACCUAUGAUAUACACACUGGUGGAAUACCACGUGGUGAAUCAUUGUACCUGAAACUCCACUUCUGUACAGUUAUCCUACUGCUAAUGGUCAUGCACUGCUUAAUGUUGGUCCUGAAUCAUGUGCUAAUGUUUGACCAACAAGUCUCCAAUUGUUAUUAUUUUCUGCAAAGUUUUUUUCACUUUUUAAUUAAAUGCAUGUUGUGGAAAAACAAUCUUUGAAAUGAAAAUUUCAGAUUCUGUUCGAGAAGAUUCUGUAGCUAUGGCAGUCCAUAUGAAAUAAUCCACCUUUACCAAGCUUAUACAAGAGGAAGGAAUGCUAAGAAGUUUUGAGCAUUCCUAAAGAUACAAUUAUGUCAUUUCAUUUUAGAUGAACUUGAAGUUCAAAGACUAAAUAUAAUUGUGCUCCUGGUUUCUAAGAAUGAUUAUGAUCAUCAACUUUAUAAUACUUCAGUAUUCAAUUUUACAAUAAUUCAGUGCCCUGUGGCUUUUACUGACUAUUAAUUAUGUACUCUGUGUAUAAAUGCACAUGAAAAGUGAAAAAAGUCCUCUUGUGACUAAGCUAAUGAGAGAAAACAUCAACAAAGUCUCCAUUAGGUUCAAUAUUUUGAUACCUUUUAAAAAUUCCCCUAACAAUUCUUUAAGGAGUCUUUUUAAAAAAUGGAACAUUAGCCUAAAAAUUAUGGGAAAAAUAAUUUACAGUUAAUAAAGUUUGUAUUUUUAAAUGCUGAAAAAAAAUACAGAAACUUUUCUGUUCCACAUGUGUUGCCUUUGUGUAUUUUAUAUUACAAAUGCCGCAUUGUAAACAUUUCCAUUGUUUUAUGAUUUAGCCAGUCAGUUCCCAAAGCAGCCUCUUAGUAUUUUAAUAUAUUAACAACCAUUCUGUUAAAAAAUGAUCAUAGUGAAUUAAAACCUUCACAUGAUCACCUAUUUGAAUAAGCAAUCAUAUCCAAUGAAAUUCUGUAUUUUGGAGUAUUUUUAUAGUUAUUUUGUUCUUGUGUGAAUUUUAAUGCUAUCCCUGUGUUAAUCCUAAUAUUUUGAAAUCAUAUAAAAUAUAAGAAAAAUGUAGUAUUAUAUAUUCACUCCUAAUUUCAGAUUCCUGGUCAAAAUUACUGAAUAUCUCGAAUGUAAUUUAGUGCAAAGUUUAAGUAAUGUGUAAAUGUGACUAGGAUAUUGUGUUUUUCACAAAUGAAAAAUGUUACGUGGAAAUAAAUAUUUAUCCUAACUAAUUUCCUUGCACAUUUUAAA